ACGAUGUAAUAGCAGCGCUCUGGACCUACAUGCGGAACUGAAAUGUUCCGAAUGUCCGGGUUUUAGUUUCUUAUCCGGGUAUCCGAAACGAAACAACCCAUGGGGAAGAGAGAUUGUAUUUACUAAAGUAUUAGUCGAUGCAGAUCGUCGACCACUGCCCUAUGUCUGGCGAAAGCCGAGGAUCACGAGACAAUCCGGGAAACUCGACAUCGCAGGAGGCUCCACUGGAGGCUGCAGAAAGCGCUACGACGUCGAACCGUAGCGAAACUAUGAACUGGCAUCGCUCUCGCACAGGCCGCGGCUUUCGCUCCAAACCGCUCUCGACGAGAUUACCCGAUAUCAUGCGAGUAACGUGCGGUCAUCUCGAAGGCGAGCUCCACGUCAAGAAAGUCGGCUCUGGAAGUCGGAGCCCAUGCAUCUACUACAACAACAUGUGGGUGACGCCGAAUCAGUUCGAAAAUCAAGCGGGUAAGACGUACUUGAAGAACUGGCAGUGGGCUAUUCGGCACGACAGGAUUCCUCUUCAUACGUACGUGAAAUGGGGUCUGAUCAAACCGCACAGCCAACGUUGUGAUUGCGUGCUGUGCAGAACGUGUGUACCCCAUCUAAAGAAAGUGUUAGGGAAGAAUCUUAAACGGAAGCCAGCAUACUGUCCAUCGAGUGAUGGGACUGUCGGAAAUGGUGAAAGAGGAGAUCAGCCGUCGUUUGGGGCCCCGCGCCGCGGUUCUGGUGGCAGACGCGGUAGAGGGAGACUUGCCACGUUUUCUAGUAAGAGAUCGAAAAGGUCUAUGCAGAAAAGUAUUUACAGACCCGUGAAGAGAGCAUGUUCUGCUAAGAUGUCGUCUAGACCGUCGGACAGAGCGAGGAGAGUGAGGAGAGGCGGUUGGGGAAGACUGACUCGGACACUAAUAGAGGCGCAGAGCGAAGGGACUGACGUCAAUCUGUGCGUUGAGACUCAACCAUCUGCGAGCACUGACGCAUGUGACAACGAGCUUAAUACCUGGAAUGGCAAGCAGCAAGAACGAGAGAUACCGUCAAAUGGAUCUUCUCUUGCAUCAUCUAGUGCACUUCAGGUGCAACGACCACAAGAUCUCCUCCAUCCAAUGGCCACCACUUCAGCUCGUAAAGAACAAACUCCAGAGAGCCGCACAGACGUUACUGGUGAACGACCGAGCAGCUCAUCUGCUGCAGUGAACUCCAGAGGAGAAACAGCCGCUCCGCCGAAACUUAUAACUGCACAUCGGGAUGACAAAAGUGCUUUCACGUCUGCAGACUCUACGACGCACUUAGUCAAAAACAUUCCAAAAAAUUUCCGAUCUCGUCGCUUCAUCGCGUUGAAAACGCACGUUAACGCGAUCAGAGGCGAUACCGGACUGGCUAACCGUGCUGUAGAGUCGUGGACAGUAGAUGACGUCGCUGCGUUUCUAGACGCCGCCGGAUUUCGAUGGCAGAGCUCGUCGUUUCGAGAACAGCUAAUCAACGGGGAGGCCCUCUUGCAUCUGCGCGAGGAUCACCUCGAAGAUAUCAUGAAACUCAAACUAGGAACGGCACUCCGGCUAAUUUCAAUAAUUCGUUGCUUACAGUAAUGAUGUAGCUAAUCGAAUAAUGCAGAUUAAUUAAGUACAUAAUUAAUAUUAAUUAAUCUAAAGUUACCUCAAUACCAUUGUAAGGAACAGAUCGCAUGGUGGACUUACUAUACUCCACAAAUUUGUGGAAAGAUAAUCAUUGAGUUACUAGAUCUCGUGUGUUUAUCCCUUUUUAUAUAUUGCCUUGCAGACGUAUGAGCGUCUUUGCGGACACUGCUAGUAAUUUGACCAGAGAAAUUGUUUGCAAUACAUUGAUGACCAGAUCAUUG